AUGACUGCGUCGAUAGUCAACAUCGCCAGGAUCAUUCAGAUGCGGUCACCCAGGAUCCUUCCUCCCGGGUGGAGGACCGCCAGCACUCCCGAGGGAUUGCGGCAUCGAAUCCACGCCCGUCAUGGCAGGGAUCUUGGAUCUGUUUUGGUGGUCGGGUGGAUGACUAGCUACUACUACUACUACUACUACUACUACUACUACUACUACUACUACUACUACUACUACUACUACUACUACUACUACUACUACUACUACUACUACUACUACUACUACUACUACUACUACUACUACUACUACUACUACUACUACUACUACUACUACUACUACUACGAUCCAGCUCCUUCCUUGGCUUCAGAUGAGCCAAACAAGCACGUGUUCUCCUUGUCUGACCGCUCCAUGUGGAUGGGGUGGUGUACAGUUGUACACCUCGAAUCACGGGGUCGGAGACGAUAA